AUGAGCAGGUCCGCUGCACUGCUGCUCUGCCUGCUCGGCUGCCACGUUUGGAAGGCGGUCACCAAGACGCUGCGGGAGCCCGGCGCGGGAGCCCAAGAGGUGACCUUGAAGGUGCACAUUAGUGACGCCAGCACCCACCAGCCCAUCGCUGAUGCGCUCAUUGAGAUCUUCGCCAGCCAGGUGUCUGUUGCCUCUGGUACAUCCGGCACAGACGGGGUUGCUUUCAUCAAGUUCCCUUACAAGCUGGGAAAUCAGCUGAUUGUCACCGCCACAAAACACGCCUACGUGCCAAACUCCGCCCCAUGGAAGCCCAUCCGAUUACCAGUGUUUUCCUCGCUGAGCCUUGGCUUGCUUCCUGAACGCUCUGCCACGCUGAUGGUCUAUGAAGAUGUGGUCCAAAUAGUCUCAGGAUUCCAAGGUGCCCGGCCACAGCCUCGAGUUCAUUUCCAGAGAAGGGCCUUGAGGUUGCCAGAGAAUACCAGUUACAGCGACCUGACAGCGUUCCUCACUGCAGCCAGCUCCCCAUCAGAAGUAGACAGCUUCCCUUAUUUGCGAGGAUUGGAUGGAAACGGGACAGGAAACAGCACUAGGUAUGACUUGAUCCCCGUCACAGCCGUCAGCGUGCACUUGCUCAGCGGUAAUGGGACGCCGGUGCUGGUGGAUGGACCCAUCUAUGUCACUGUGCCCUUGGCCACUCAGAGCAGCCUGAGGCACAAUGCCUAUGUCGCAGCAUGGCGGUUUGACCAGAAGCUGGGAACGUGGCUGAAGAGUGGUCUGGGCCUGGUGCAUCAGGAAGGCAGCCAGCUCACGUGGACGUACAUUGCUCCCCAGCUGGGAUACUGGGUGGCAGCCAUGUCUCCUCUCAUCCCAGGUCCCGUUGUGACACAGGACAUUACCACGUAUCACACGGUGUUUCUUUUGGCCAUUUUAGGAGGAAUGGCUUUCAUUCUUUUGGUUUUGCUGUGUCUCCUUUUAUAUUAUUGCAGGAGGAAGUGCUUGAAGCCCCGUCAGCAUCACAGAAAGCUCCAGCUGCCCCCAGCUCUGGAGAGCUCCAAGAGGGAUCAGUCAACGUCCACGUCUCACAUCAACUUGCUGUUCUCUCGUCGAGCGUCAGAUUAUCCCGGGCCCCUGUCCGUCUCCAGCCAUAGCCGCCAAGAGGCCCCAGGGACAAAGGAAUUGAUGGGAGGGGUGCAUUUAGAAAUGAUGUCCCCGAAUGGGGAGGGGGACCUGCACACACCCAUGUUGAAGCUCUCCUAUAGUACCUCACAAGAAUUUAGCUCCCGGGAGGAGCUGCUGUCCCACAAAGAAGAGGAUAAAAGCCAAACAUCUUUUGAUAACUUAACGCCAAGUGGGACACUGGGGAAAGACUACCAUAAGUCCGUGGAGAUUUUUCCCUUAAAGGCAAGAAAAUCUGUGGAGAAGGAAGGCUACGAGCCCCCCAGCAAUGAUGACUACAGGGGUAGUUACAAUACUGUGCUCUCCCAGCCUUUAUUUGAAAAGCAAGAUCAAGAAGGCCUGACAUCAGCAGGAAGCAAACUCACCAUUCAGGAACACAUGUACCACGUACCUUUAUCCCCUGAGAAAGAGCAACUGCUAGACCGCAGACCUACUGAAUGUAUGAUGUCACGAUCUGUUGAUCACCUGGAGAGACCUACUUCCUUCCCGAGGCCAGGCCAGUUGAUCUGCUGUAGUUCCGUGGACCAAGUCAACGACAGCGUUUAUAGGAAAGUGUUGCCUGCCUUGGUCAUCCCGGCUCAUUAUAUGAAACUUCCAGGGGACCAUUCCUAUGUGAGCCAGCCUCUGGUGGUCCCUGCUGACCAGCAGCUGGAAAUAGGAAGGCUCCAGGCCGAGCUGUCCAACCCCCAUGCGGGGAUCUUCCCACACCCAUCCUCUCAGAUCCAAGGCCAACCCUUGUCUUCCCAGGCUAUCUCCCAGCAGCACCUACAGGACACAGGUGCACGGGAGUGGAGCUCUCAGAAUGCAUCCAUGUCAGAGUCACUGUCCAUCCCAGCAUCCCUGAAUGAUGCAGCUUUGGCUCAGAUGAACAGCGAGGUGCAGCUCCUGACUGAAAAGGCUCUGAUGGAACUUGGGGGUGGGAAGCCACUUCCACACCCUCGGGCGUGGUUUGUCUCCCUAGAUGGAAGGUCCAACGCUCAUGUUAGACACUCAUACAUUGAUCUCCAAAGAGCUGGAAGGAAUGGAAGUAAUGAUGCCAGUUUGGACUCUGGUGUGGAUAUGAAUGAACCAAAAUCUGCCAGAAAGGGAAGGGGAGACCCUUUGUCUCUCCAGCAGAGCCACCCACCUCUACAGGAGCACCAGCAAAAGGAUCCCAGAGCUCCCGACAGCACUGCCUACACACAGCUCGUGUACCUUGAGGACAUGGACCAGAGCGGCAGUGAGUGUGCCGCCACGGUCUGCACCCCUGAGGACAGUGCUCUGCGAUGCUUGUUGGAAGGGUCAGGUCGGAGGAGUGGGGGGCAGCUCCCCAGCCUGCAGGAGGAGACAACCAAACGAACUUCAGACGUUCCCCUGGAGCCAUUAGCAAGUCCCAACCAGAGAAGAUCUGCCAAUGACGAAGAUGAAGACGAUGAUGAUGACGAUGACCAAGGAGAAGAUAAGAAAAGCCCCUGGCAAAAACGAGAGGAAAGACCCUUGAUGGCCUUCAACAUCAAAUGAGCCGUGGAUGAGCCCCUAAAUGCAGAUCAUAAAAUUGCCAAAUAUCCUUUCUCAUGGAAGUGCGUACCUGCGUGUGGAGAAGCUGAGGAGUGAAAACCAUGCAAGUAGAUGCUAACUGCAUUGACAUGGCUGUGAAAUUACGGUUAUGAUGCAGAACGAAAGGUAUCUGACAGUGCUGCCCCUCUGGGAAGGUGGCUGGAGACGUCCGUCAUUCUACGGACCUGAAUUGUCGCAGUAGGAAUGCUGACAAACCACAUGUGGGAUCGCUGUGCUCCAAGAAUCACCUCAGUUCUCUCUCAGAUUCUGGAAACAGAUGAAACUCUCUUUGCAUUGUUUGAACCCUCCAUUCUAUCAUGAUAACGCUACUGUGAAGCUCUCACUGGGAAGUGGAGUGACAAGUACUUCCCAGAAGUCGGUGUUAUCUCAAAGGAAAGCUAUGCAUUGCUGCUUCUUUGUUACUUUGCUUAUGCUUUGCUUCAGUUAGGCUUCUCUCUCUCUC